GUAUCGCUGCCUAUCUGUACAAGGGCAACAAUCGCUGGAAGCAGAGUGUGGAGCUGUGCAAGAAGGACCGACUGUUCAAGGAUGCAAUGGAGUACGCCGCCGAAUCGCAUCAGGGUGAACUAGCGGAGGAGCUGCUUGGGUGGUUCUUGGAGCGUGGUGCCUAUGACUGCUUUGCAGCUUGUCUCUUCCAGUGCUACGAUUUGCUGCGACCCGACGUUAUACUCGAACUUGCAUGGCGCCACAACAUCAUGGACUUUGCGAUGCCCUACAUUAUCCAGGUCACGAGAGAGUACACCUCGAAGGUGGACAAACUCGAAGCAUCAGAUGCGGAACGGCAGAAGGAAGGCGAUAGCACCGAGCACAAGUCGAUCAUCAUGCCGGAACCGCAGCUAAUGCUGACUGCCGGUCCCGGUAUUGGUAUGCCGCAGUACGCUCCCCAGUACGCCGGUGCGUACGUGGCCCCGCAACCAAAUAUGACCCCAUACCAGUAUGGUGGUUUUAAUUAAACACCGAUGCACAUGUACGAUCUAGAGUGAGGAAGCCAAGAGAAACGAUUUCCUGCGUUCAUAUAGUGACAAUGAAUUGAUCGGACGGAUCGCUCACUUCACGCGGUGUUCCCUUUCCAAAACGGCCAGUUGUUUGGCUCCUGGGGAAACGUAGUACUCCGUCUGCCUGCUGUUCGUGGAUUGUAGUAGCCGAAAAAACACUUUUCCUUUUACAAAAGUAGGCGCGCGUAACAAUUUCAGUUUAAUUAGUUACUAUGAUGAAAUGCAGUCACAAUGCAACACAGAAAAAAUGCAGAUAUCACUCGCACUUAUCCCUUACACCGUAAACCAGAUAUGGGAAAGCAAUUUUAGGCACACAAAAAUUAAUCGUUAGCAAAAAUAAUCCGAAUGAAGUAUGCCUGAAACAAAUGACAACACACAGCCGGUACGAUUUUUCAGAACAGCGCAGAUGUCCUACAAUGGCAAGUCCGAGUGUUAUCAUUUCUCUUAUCGUUCCUCUAAGAAAACGAGAAAAAGAUUAUUAGAUACAAAACAAUAGAGAGACUAUAAAAUUAUAUCUAUAUUAUAUACAUAUAUAUACAUAUACACACUAUUAUACAUAUGGGGAGCACUAUACAUGCGCGGCAGAAACAAUAGGAAGCGAGCGGCGUUGUUGUGUAAAUAGGAAAAUUAACACAGAAUACCUUACCAAUGCUAAACACUUGUUAUCGUAGUGAUUGAAUUUAUUCUGCUACUGAAAAAGGGAAAAGGAAAUCGUUUUGCAAGAACAGCGAAGGUUACCGAACACCGGAAAUCUAUCAAUUACAGCAGACCGAGAUAAUCAUCAUUUUCCUUUACCGAUGUCGAUGUACUUUUAUGGUUUGAUGAGAACACUUUGCUGCAAAAUAAGCCUUUGACGAACGGAAAAUGUUGCACACUCUUAAACACAUGCGAUACGCGGUGCAAUUCCUUAAAGAAAGUAAUCCAGCAUUCCCUGUAGCAAUUAAUACGCUAUGCUAGGCAUCCUCUCCCCUAUUGCGAGUCGCUGUUUCCCUUUUCUCGAUACCGUGUACCGUGUUAUGUUAUUUAGUGUAGUGAUUGUAGUGGAACAAAAUUGAAACAAAACAAAAAAGUAUUCUUCAAAUAUUGAAUCCUUAAAGUGCAACGGCGUAUCGAUAGGCCCACGAUAGGCAAGCCGGCUUUCCCCCUCCUUUAUUCUUUUCUUUCUUGUGUCCUUCGGAAGAAAUUACUUUCCGUUUUCAAGAAUUAAGCUUGGUCCAUAAUAUUGGCCUCAAAAAGGGAGGAAGAUUUGCCCGAAUAUAUUAGAGUGAAAGAAAACAGAUCCCUAGAUGGCGUCUGCCCAUUCUUAGUUCAUCUCAGUAGGAUGUCCACCAACGAGGGUGGCUAUUUAAUUUAUACACAAACUAUUAUUAUUAUUCUUUAUUCAUUUAUACGACUAUAAUAUAAUAAUUUCGAGGUUCGCACCUUCAUAUACUAAAUGGUUUUUUUUUUGGUUACAACAAGAGUCAAGCAAACACAAUCUAUAUAAAUAUAUACCCGAGACAUACAUAGCAAAAGAUAGGGUAUUGAUAGCAGCAAACAUGUAUGUUUCACUUAUAAAUAAUAACGCAAAGAGUAUCUGGGACGAGAUACAGGCCCAAUUCACACUAAUCCGAACGCUCUUAUGUACUGUACCCGCACCACACCGCAAACCUACACUCUCACCCGCAGGUCCUAAUCGUGAGGUGAAUGGCAAAAAAGGCCAAAAGCAGAUAAAUAAAAUGGUUAAUUAAAAUGAAUUGAAAUCGUUUAAAGAGAAAGCCCAGAAGUUGAGCAACAGAUGUAGUAAAGCAAAAAGCGAGAUGAAAAUCAAUAAACUCAAAGUUGUCAAAUAAAAUCCCAACACGGAUGGUUCAAGAUGCCUCAUUCUUCGUCGCCUACAGUGCUCUUACCCAGCUCACAGGGCGCCGCC